UAAAAGAAGAAAGUCUAAGUUGUAAUCUAUGGUUAAUUAUUAGACAAAGAACGACAAAAAUAAAGAAAGACAGCAAUGGUUAAAUAUUUUGAGGUUUUGUUUUUUAAAUUUUGAAAACGUUUUUAUUUGGAAUUUAUUUUAAAUAUAUGAAAAAUGCCAAAAUCUUGGGGUGAGCUGAAUGUGCAUUUACACGAAGAAAUAAUUAGAGGAAUAGAAAGCUUUAAGUUUCCUUACAUGACCCCUGUACAAGCAGCAACUAUACCGCAGUUAUUAAACAAAAAAGAUGUGGCAGCAGAAGCAGUCACAGGAUCAGGAAAAACGUUAGCUUUCUUAAUCCCAACACUACAGAUAUUAAAAACUCGUGAAAUCGAAGACCCUUGGAAAAAACAUGAAGUAGGAGCGAUAAUCAUUUCACCUACUCGAGAAUUAGCUUUACAAACACGAGAUGUACUAAAAGAAUUACUUCAAAACGUUACAAAAUUAACACAAGUAUUAUUUGUUGGAGGAAACAUUGUAGAAGACGAUGUAAAAAAAUUUAAGGAAUUGGGAGGCAAUAUAAUAAUUAGUACUCCAGGAAGACUAGAGGAUUUACUAUCAGGAAAAUACGAUAUUAAUUUCCCAAAUUGUAUUAAAUCAUUGGAAGUACUGAUAUUAGAUGAAGCCGAUAGACUCUUGGAUUUAGGAUUUCAAAAAUCUUUAGACACAAUUUUUAGUUAUUUACCUAAGCAACGUAGAACUGGGCUAUUUUCAGCAACACAGACCAAAGAAGUAAAAAACUUAAUAAGAGCAGGCUUAAGAAACCCUGUUAUAGUGAGCGUGUCCGCAAAGGCUCAACAAAGUACUCCAGUACUAUUAAAUAACUUCUAUAUUUUAAGCAAAAAUGAAGGAAAACUGGCAUCAUUGUUGGAUUUCAUAAAAAGGAAAGAUUUACAGAAAGCAAUGCUCUUUUUACCGACCUGCGCUUGUGUAGAUUAUUGGUCAAAAGUUUUAUCACGCAUCAAAAAAUUACCUAUACCAGUACUGGCGAUCCAUGGUAAAAUGAAAGACAAACGUCAAGUAGUACUAAGUAAAUUUAAAGACAGCGACAAAGCAUUGUUGUUAUGUACAGAUAUAAUGGCCAGAGGUAUCGAUAUACCAGAGGUAGACUGGGUUCUUCAGUGGGAUCCACCAGUAAACGCUUCAGCAUUUGUGCAUAGAGUAGGAAGAACAGCACGACAAGGGAAUGAAGGAAGUGCCCUUCUAGUUUUGCUUGAAAACGAGGAAGCAUAUGUUAACUUUAUAGAAACUAAUCAGAGGGUUAAACUAACUAAAAUCGACGAUUUAACGCAGCAAAAAGAAAUAGACGAUUUACGGGAAUCAAUACGAAAUUUGUUGAAAACAGACAGGGCCUUGAUGGAAAAAGCUAUUAAAGCGUACGUGUCUCAUGUCAGAGCAUAUUCAAAGCAUGAAUGUUCGUUGUUGUUAAGAGUAAAAGAGUUACCACUAGGUGCUAUGGCAGCUACUUACGGCUUACUAACCCUACCGAAAAUGCCAGAGCUCAAAAAUAAAGAUGUAUCCGAUUUUCCACAAAUAGAUAGCUUAGAUUUAAAUUCAAUUCCCUACAAAGAUAAAAUUCGAGAAGCUAUCCGCUUGAAAAAACUAGAACAGUAUAAAAAUACAGGUAGCUGGCCUAGUAAAAAACAAAAACUUGUGAAAAAAGCCACACAACCCUGGUCGGUAACUAAGCAAAAUAAAGAGGCGAAAAAAGAACGAAGGUUUAAAAGAAAAAACGCAAAAAUGCAGGCUGUUAAAGAAGAUUCGAAGGGUAAAAAAAGAAAAGGUGGGAUAUCUCAAGAAGACUUAGAAGAGCUAAAGAGAGAUGUAGCCUUACUGAAAAAACUGAAGAAAAAGAAGAUUACAGAUGAAGAGUUUGAUAAAGAGAUUGGGAUAGAAUAGUACAAAAAAUGUUUUAUUAUUAUACCAUACGAUCGAAAAAAAAACGCUCUCAGAGACGGCUGGUGAAUAACAAUCGAUGAUAAUUUUGGCGAGGUCUUAUUGAAUUAUUAUAAAUUGUCAUUCCCAGCCGUCUUUGACGCCGUUCUUUUUUUUCGAUCAUACGGUAUUAUAUGAUGUAAAAAUAAUGUAUAUAUUUUGUAUUGUGUUAUAAAAAAUGUCUUGUUGUUUUAUAAAAUGUCUUGUUGUUUUAUAAUAAUAAAGUAUAUGACAAAA